AUGUGGGUUGCUGGGCACGAUCUAAGUAUGCGUUUGAAAUACGCAGUACCUUUCCCUAAACGCAUACAUUACGUCAUGUCCGCAUGUUUUCUGCAUGAUUAUAGUUCGCUUUCGUGCAACAAUAUACGCCGUAAAAAGCGAUACGGUUUGGAGUUUGAUGUCUUUUUUUUAGCAUCUUCGGAUCACCAAUCCGAACUGUGCAUUUGA